UAUUUUUAUUUACUUGUUCCCAUCGAUUGUAUAUUGUGUCCAUUAGCUAAUCUAUUUACGCCAAAGUUUUGUAAUAUGUCAUACAAAGAAAAAGAAAGAGAACUGUGGACUAGAAUUAUUGAAUUGUACAAAAAUUUGCCUUAUCUUUGGGAUAGAGCGCACGAAUCCUACGGAAAUCGUUUUAUGAGAGAUAAAGGUUAUAAACUUUUGUUGGAAGCUUACCGCGAAUAUGAUAAUGGUGACUGUACAAUUCCAGCGCUAAAGAAGAAAAUAGAGAAUAUGAGAACAUGUUAUUAUAGAGAAUUAAAAAAGGUAAGAAAUUCAGCUGAAAGUGGUGUAGAAGACAUAUAUGUACCAACUCUUUGGUAUUAUGAUAUGUUCCAUUUUUUACAUAAUGAACCUAUAUUUGAGACUGUUGAAAUGCUAGGUGAUCUAUCUGAUAAUAAUGCAUCAGUUGAAUCAAAUGAAAUGCCUAAAAUACAAGUUAUAGAAAGGAGGAAACCGCAAAUGAAUGUUCAAAUGAAACAUGAGGAUUAUAUACACGAAAUUAAGACGAAAGAGGAAGAAUGGGAAAUAAUGGGAAAAUCCAUAGCCAUACAAUUAAAAGAUCUGAAUGGACAACAAUUAACAAUCGUCAAUAAAAUUAUAUCUGAUGCCAUUUUUUAUGCUAAGACAAAUCAACUUACAAUUGGAUCUUCAAUUAAUUUAGGAAAUAAAAGCCAGGAUUAUUAACUCGAAGGUUAUAUGAUUCACAUGUUAGCAAAACAAAAUGGUACCAUUAGACCUUACUAGAAGAUCCUUAUGGGAUUGGUUCAUCCCAUGAUAAAAAGAUAUGACCAUGAUGAAAAUAAAGUAUGAAAUGUUGAAUAGAGUUUAUAUUACAAUAAGUAUAGUAUAUAAU